AUACGAGAGUGGCCGAAAGCCAGCCGUCGAGAUGCCGCAAAGGUUUCUGGGUAUGCGGAGGGAGCCAUAUUUUUCCAAUAUCAGUUACGCGAAAACAGCGUACGCAUAGCAUCUGCAGAAUGGAGUUUCGUUCAGUAGCCUGUGUCGAGGCAGUGUUUUACACAAGAAAGUGAUUACGAGCCAGACGACGAGAGAUCAGUGCAAGAAAGCAAGGCAACUGUGCUAGUCAGAACAUAAUAAGCCGACGUUUUCAAUGCGAUCAAGAAGUGAGGUUCGGUGAAAACGAUGAGCGCGGCCCGCGCAGGUGUUCGAGUCGAGAAGAGGGUUAGUUAACUUAACCCGAGUUCGUAACCGCGACCGGUGGUAGUGGUGGUAAUACUAGUGGUGGUGGUGGAGGUAGCGGAGGUGGUGGUGGUGGUGCUACUGCUGCUGUGACGAUGACACAGCGUCAUAACACGACGUACGUCCGUCCGUGCGAUUUAACGCGAAUUGUUACGGCAAUAUAAAGUGUUUUUUGUACCGAGAGUGCAUUCGCGCCAUUACCGAUCGAGCAAGUCGUGGCUCGGUCACGAUUAACCUUAAUUUAUUCAGUGUUGAAGAUGAUGGUUUUUAUUUUGUAGUGGGUGAACGAAGAUUUGGAGUAUCGUAUUUUUUUUAGUGACAGUGGUUUAUGGAUGACAUAAUUGUGUGUCAUUCAUAGUUCCUUCGUUGAAAAGUGCGUACAUGUGAAACGGAGCAAUCAGAACUGCGACCGCGAAUAACGCGACGGGACCGUGGCAAUGACACAACGACCUUAACGACUUGACUUUCUUGUAACGUUAAAAUAAUUCUUCUUUAUAAGUAUUAAGUUUCAUCACCAAAGUCGAAGUGAAACGUUGCUCGUCGGCAUCCGUAACGUUUCAGAUAUUUCUUACGGUCAAGAUAAUUUUUCAGUGUAAUCUACACGCGUCACGAGUAACAGCGUGUUCAAGAGUUUAGGUUAGUCGAAUGCUUGGCCCCAUUGUGUUGUUCCGACGCGACCGGAUUGGUGAACAAGACAAACGAGUGAGCUGUCGCUUUAUAAAUCGACCUUGCGAAUGAAAGCAGAAGCGUAAUUUCCUAAUAAACAGUGUUAUUCGCUUGUUAUCCGUCAAAGCGGUGCAGGGUAUAAAAGUUUCAAGGAAUUUAUUUCUACCAUUGAUUUUACUGUAAAUAUCGCCAAAUUUAUUUAAACAAAUAUGAUUUAUAUACUUGAAAUAAGUAAUUCUUCGACCGCACAGUGCUCGUUUACGAUAGAAAUUUGUGAACCGGUAUAAACAUUUCCAGAGGAACAUGAAUUAAUGCUGUUAAUAAAAACAUCGUUUCAGAAUGAAAAUAAAUUGACCAAACGAAGAGUUUUCGACGCGCUGUAUUAUUUUUUUACAUUUUUCAACCGUUCAAAGAAUAAAAGCUAACAUCAAAAUUUUUCUUAUAAUCUCAAAUUCAGCAAAAUUUCAAACAAUCAACAAGGUUACUAGCAUGAUAAAGUGUAUCGAUCCGAAAAGAGAGGUUAGACGGGCAUUGACCGGUGAAUAGUUGGUGUCUGUCGUCGUCGGAUAUUCUCCAAUUUCAAAAUCUUAGCACCGUUAUCGUAUGGCGGCGAUCAGCUGCGAGGGAAGUGUUUCCGAGCAUAUGUGUAACUUAAAAAUUUUCAACGAGAAUAGUUAAGAGUGAAAGAACAGCUGGUGAACUAUCCAUCUGGCAUGCCCUACGCGGUGAAGCCGAGGAUGUCGAGGAGCAACGAGAACCUGCACGACAGCUGCGUGAUUGUAAGCAUCGGUGAGCGUGCGUGGCCAGGAAGAACGACCGAGAGAACGCGGUGGGUUUCGGCAGUGGCAAGCGCGUGAUUAUUUCCGUUUACGGAGGAUGCGGCAAGACCUUGAGGUAUCUACACGUAGGCGUUCUACCUGCGUUCCAGUGAUGUCGGUGUCGGGGUUACUUGCAGCGCUGCUGGACCUGGACCAUGGCCGGCAAGCCUGAGCAGCCGUCCACGCACCCUGCUCCCCCGAAUCACGGUCAUCAUCAUCAUCAUUAUCAACAACAGCAACAGCCACAACAACAACAACAGCAACAACAACACCAACAUCAAGAGCAGCAGCAACAACAAGUGCAUCCUCAGCACGCACAAGGAAUUCAACAAAAUAGCGUUCUAGUCUACGUUUCGGGGGAGAAUUUUGCGUACGCGACGGCGGUCGGUCAGAAUGCCGCCGCCGCUGCUGCUGCCGCUACCGCAGUUGGCUAUCAGUCUCCGCAGCAGGCGACGUACGCCGGCAUUUUGCCGCCGCAGGUGGCGACGGCGGCGGCGACGUUUCCCGCCAAAACCGCCAUAUACUGUAAUGAUAACAGCGGUGUCGUUGGAGGCACGGCUAACAACUGUUGCCGGCUAAAGCCGCUCGAAUAUGUGUCCGCCGAUGGGGACUCGAGUCGAACGCUGCGAUCUUUGUCCACGGUUAACGCGGAAGACGAGGAGGAUUACGGAACGAUCAUCUCGAACAACGGUUUACUCUACAGACAGACCAAUUUGGUUCAAGCGAUCAGCACGUCCGCAACCACGACGAUGACGUGCGCCGUGUCGACGUGCGACAAUAAAAAUCCAACGAACCGAAGUCCGCUGGAAAACGAUGCUAACAGUACCGAGAGUCUCGCGGCGAACAACGUAGAACCGAUCGGCAGGGUGAACGGAAGUGAAAUGGUACCAAACAAAUUGUUUUCAUCGAGGAUUCACGGUGAGAUUUAUCCUCCCGGAGCGAGACUGGCAGACGGUUACAACAAUACCGGUAGAAUCGUCCAAGGGAAUAAUGCCGGGGAGAGUUGCGUCGGUCUUCUGAGCGACGACGCUUGUGUCGCGUACGCGCGUCAGGGAAACGAAACGUCGCAAACGUCCGCGAGUGUUUAUCAAGGCGAUAGUGUCGAGCAACGCGUCAAUAUGGACGAAAAGAGCCGGCAGCAAGACGGUUACGAUAAUCAGGCCGGCUCGUCGCUUUCUUCGUCCUCGUCUAACGUCGGUGUCAGUGGUGGCGGUAGUGUUGUUGUUGUUGGUAGUGGUGGUAGUGGUGUGGCUAGCUGUGACUCUGUUCGAUCCGAUACCGGUGAAUCGUCGACAUAUAGUAGCUUGAGCAGUCCUGAAAGUCAAAGUCAAUCGGCACACGACGGUUUGUCUACCGCGACGGUUAACGGCGGUGGUUCGUGCGCGCAGCAGGCUGCGCGUCAGCCGCCACUGCCGCGUAUCAACAGUUCCAACAACAAUAACAAUACCGUGCAACAAAAUGUGGUGCUGACGAUGAACGGUAGUGCAGUGAUUACGCAACAGCAGCAACAAACGAUUACCGUGCCACGUGGAUGGAAAAGGAUAUGUACCAACGGGGUCAUCAUUUAUAUCAGUCCAAGCAGCACAGCGCUGGGUUCGCUGGAUCAGCUGAAGGAGUACCUGACGACAGUGGGAACCUGCAAAUGCGGUCUCGAGUGUCCGUUAAGACCUGAACAGGUCUUCAACUUCGACCCUAAGGUUGCAACGCGACCUUGGAGUCCGGAUCAGGGCAAGACGCGGGAGAUGACCAAGCUGUGCAACCAUAAGAGGAAACUUUUGCUCCCAACAACGGCGGCCGGCAGUUCUGUCGCAUCCUGUACACCGACCGUUUCCUCUUCGGCUUUAUCUUCUGGCCAGGCCGCCACGGCGAUCCACGUGAACGCAGACUCGCCCACCUCGCCGGAUAAAGCCAGGAAAGAUGGUCUCAACAAGAAAAAGAAGAGAAAAAUAGGGGGGGGAAUAGGAAACAUUUUUUCCGGAGUUUCGGUCUCACAACUUAUGGCACAACGCGAAAGGGCUAUCGUUGCGGCAUCCGGAGUGCAAGGGUCACCGGUGCCAAAUGGAUCGCAGGUGUGGCCAAUCGCUAUUCCGAAUUUGCAAGUUCAGCAGAGCAAUCAGCAGAUCUGUCAUCAGACAUUAAACUCACCCUUGCAGAAUCAAGACGUAAACGGCUGUGCAACGAGAAAUCCUCAGCAAAGGUUAGGUCAGCAUAACAUGUCGGGGAUGCUAAUGGGAAAUUCGCUGAUCAUGAAUCAGCAGGGCGCUAAUUUUAACAACAUGACUCAGCAGCAGCAACAGCUGCUGCAACAGCAACAUCAACAGCUUAUUCUGCAGCAGCAGCAACAACAACAGCAACAGCUUAUGCAACAGCAUAUAUCCCAACAGCAGCAGCAGCAGCAGCAACAACAGCAACAGUUGUUACCUCAUCAUCAGCAGAUGCAACAUAUGCAGAUUCUACAUCAGCACGAACAGCAGCAACAUCAAAAUACCGUUGUCAAUCAGUUAACGCAACAACAAGCCCCGCAUUAUGUUAAUCAAUUGAAUCAACAAUCGCUACACGUGAUGCAACAACAGGAGCACUUGAAUCAACAGCAACAGCAACAACAAAUGCAUAUGCAGCAAACGCAGAAACACAAGAUGCAGCAGCAACAACCGCAACAGCACAUGACCCAAGACGUUGAACAACAGUCAGGGAGCUACAAUCCUCAACAUUCGUCGGAGAAUUACAUACACCACAUGCAGUCAUCGCAAGUGUCCGCGCAAGUGAUGCAUCAGCAUCAGAUGCAACAGCAAGCCCAGCAACAUCAACCGAAUCAACACGUGAUGCAGGCUCAAUCGGCAGAUCAUUUUCAAAUGCAGAUUCAGCAGUUGCAACAGCAGCAGCAGCAACAGCUUCAGCAACAAGUACCCCAGGUGUGCGUGCAACCUCAGUAUCCUAAUCAACAGUUAAAUCAUCAUUCGUUAGAUGUGAUGCAACAACAACAGGGUGCCGUGAUGAACGCCGCUGAUAUUCAGAACAGGCACAAUCGUGCUCCCUCCGUUACCGACGAGGAUCUAAACGCGAAGCAGAUGCAGCAACAACAACAGCAACAACAACUUCUGUUGCACAAUCAUACUCUACAACGGCAUCACGUGGUACAAAACGGAAACUUACCAAAUAAUUCGCACGACAAUAUGCAACGUAUGUACACGCAGAAUCAGGUUCAGUAUCCUGUAAGGAAUUUCGACACCUCGAAAGGAACCGUUGCCGAUGUUAAACAUCAGCAGCAAUACGCUUUGUCUAAUCUAACGGGAAGGAGCCCGAACACCAAUCAUGCCGUUGAAGCGCAACCUGGAAUGGGACCAAACGGGCAGCCCGGUAACAUGCAUUUCAAUUCGAGAACACCGCCCUGGCAACAGAACCGAUCUGCUUCGGCUUCUCAUCAGCCUUCUCUCGUAACAGUUCAGAACAUCACUUGUAAUUCCUUCGAUCGCGUGCCACCUCUGCAUCAUCACAUUCCACAAGCUUCUACCUGGACCGACGAGGUGGCACGUAAGAAGGCGAAAUCCAGUAAGAUAAUGGUGAAGAAACAACGUCAGCAUAGCGUUACGGAUAUCAGAAGCAACAGUUUGGAUCAAUCAGCGCCGAGUCCGAUCGACGAGUUCAACGAGAAGAAUCAACAAAGUAAUAAUCAGAUAGGUUCGACUGUUAACAGCAGUGGUCCAUCGUUCUUAGAAGAUCCUAGUGGUUACCUCGCGCAGCAAACUGCUCUGCUGAACAGCACGAUAUCGAGGCAGACUGGUGUCAGUAGUUCUCAGGUAGGAAUGAUUAACAAUUCGAAACCACCGCAGACGAAUCACGGGUCACACUUGCCUAACAAUUCUUAUCUUCCACAACCAAAGCCUUCUUCCGGCACCAGCCCGACUAGUACGUCAACGUUUAACUCCGUGAAAAAUCACGCGACCUCCCCCGUUGUUGUGCACAGCAGCAUGACACCAACGUCCAGCAGCGGAGGGACAGAUUCGGAAAGUAGUCCUUGCCAAGGUUGCGUUACCAGUGCUGACACUCAGUCUUACGUGCAGGAUCAGUAUAAACAGCAAAUGCAACGCCAGUACCUGAUACAUUCAGAUCAACGCGAUGAUCCUGUCACGUCGUCUACGUUCGGGGAACAGUAUCAGAAUAAUCAGCAGCAAGCCGAUUCAAGACCCAUUCAAGGCGGUACCGUGAGUACCAGUCAUGGGUCUCCUAUCGGCACGAACAGUCCAGCGAAUUCGGAUACACCAGCUUCGUCUACGCCUGGAAUAUCGCAACCGGCCACUCCGCAAAGUCUCAUUUCGUCUCAGCCUUCGACGCCGCACAGUUACUCGCAACCGCCAACACCUCAUUCGCAUUCUAUGUCUGGUCAAGUGCCAUCUCAACCUCUAACGCCUCAGGCCCAACAGCCAUCGCAGUCUUCGAUGAGUACCGGUGCACAGGAACAGCGUUCCGAAACGCCUUGUUCCGCUACAACCAGCUCAAACGUAGUUCCUUCUAGCACGUCGUCCUCGCAAACGUCCACUUCUACCUCGGACAAUGUGACGUCUCAAAUGGUGAAACGGCAAACUACAAGACAGUCAUCCUUGGACGGUUAUCAGCCGCAUCCUCAUACCGUGAACGCCGUUUCCAGAAUGCCGAUGACUCAUUUCAAUGGUACAUCAUCGGUGAUAACCACAAUGGCGAGUGGACACACGGUCAGCAGUAAUACCAUCACGUCCGUGUUAGCUGGAAGAGCAAAUACCGCCACUGUUUCGAUCAACACGCCUUCCGGGAUACCGAACCCCGCUAUACCAGACAUACUUUCGAAUAAACCUCAGCAUCAAGCAUCGUCGACGGGUCUGACGAAUGUACCAACUACUACCGUGACUACGACUUCCUCGCUUCCGAGUAGUCAACCAUCGAUAGCGGUAAGUGUCUCGAAGUCGCCGUUAGAGAUGGUUCAGAGCGUCGUCAGUAGCAUCCAAGUACCUCAGGCCAGUACCAGUUCACCGGUACAGCCCCAGAAUCAGCAACAGCAGCAACAACAAACGCAGCAGCAUCCUCAGUCCAACGUUCAAGUUCACAACGUUCUAACGUCUGGUGGAAUACUAAAACAUCCUGCUGGAUCGACCUUACCUCCUGGUCAUAUACUGGUGUCUAACGGUGGGCAACUGAUAAUGGCUAGCACGGGAUCAGGUAUCAAUGGAGUAAUGGCACCUCCUCCUCCGAAAAUUAUUUCUAAUUCCAACUCGAUGCCACCUUUGUCGGUUUCGCCCAUGGUUACCAGUGUUACGGGCGCCGUUAGUCAAGUCAUCCCAGCUGUUGGUGUAGCGCAACAAGUGAUAGGGCAACCUACGGUGCUGGUCAACACCAUUCAAACUCCUGUACUUAUACAGCCUGGCGUGAUGACGAUGGACAGUAUAGGUCAGAACGUUCAGAUACCGCAUCUAACGGUCGCGACUGGUAACGUGAUACAAAAUGCCCAGUCGAUUCUGGAUGCGAAUCAGGAUGUCGCGAGAAACGUGAGCGCGAACCAGGGUAUGGUGAAUCGACAACCAGCGCUGCUAUCACCCGAAUCAGCGAUGAGCAAAAAGAAAGCGUACAAAAAGCGAAAGGCAAACCCGCAGACAGUAGCGUCGAUGUUGCACAUUGCUUCCUCGCAACAGAACACCGGCAUGCUGAUGCAGUCGCAGUCGAACUUUGCCCAGCAAAAUUUCCAGACUCAGAGCAUAGGCGGUCCGAUGUUGCAGGCGUUGACCAUCGUGCCAGGGAAAGGUGGAGCUCCCGCCCAAUUGGUAAUGAACGGGCAGGCUGGCACAACAUCGGCACAGUUCAAUGCUCAACAAAUUAUCACCAAUCCUCAACCGGCCCAGCAGAUCAAUCUUCUUCAGCCAGUGAAUCUGUUGAACGGAGCUACCGGAAUGGUUCAGAAUUUCCCUACCAUUCAGCAAUUCAUCGUUCCUGGCAUAGGAAGCAUGGUCAUGUCUGCUGACGGUACAGCGACCUUGCUACAAGACACAGGCAACAUCGGUAUGCAGUUGCAGAUACAAAACGUGAACGGGCAGAACGUAUUAACUCCGGUGCAAAGUCACAGCGGAAUAUUUAAUCCGAGUCAAAGCAUUUUGGCAGCUGGUCCUGCUGGAAUGGUCAUCCGUGCACCGCAGACGGCCGGUGGAAAAAUUAUUCAACAGCAUAGUCCAAGCGCACAAUUCCUAUCGCCGAACAGCGGCCAGUUUCUGGUAAACGGAACAACAUCGUUUGGCAAUCAAUUGAGCCCGAUAGUGGCGAACGUUAGCCCUAAUCAGCAAGUGACUUUCAAUACCUCGCAAGUUAGGCCGACUAACAUGCAGGGCCAACAGGAAUUCAUCCAAAUGAACGGGCAAACGUUAAUGGUACCUUGUGGGACUGCACAAAACAUUGCUGUAUCGUCGGCACCCAAUCAACAAAACACAACUUUCGUUCAACAAAACACCACGAUUGUGCAACAGCAAACGACGAUGGUAUCCAACAAUCAGAUACCUAACUUUCAAGCUGCAGCAUCCAACGGGACGACCGUCGAUCCUUCGUUAAACAUCGAUCACAAUCAGUCGUAUAUUUUAAGUUCUGGAAUGAUUCAAGGAAAGCCGCCUAACUCUCCAAAAAGCAGCGUCAAUUCUCCAUCUUCGGAGCAGAAUAUUGAACAACAACAGUAUGUUCUUGCUAGCAGUAGCACGACUGUUGUCGAGAAAACAGCCCAACAGAAUGACCAGCACAGCCCGCUGAUGGCGAGACAUUCGGUAUCCACUCAGACAGCUGGAAAUCAAGCGAAUAUGGCCCAGUCAGCGAUGAUGAGGCAAGGAUCUCCACCGGACACCACCACGCAUAGUCCAGGGAACAGUCAGAGAUCAAACAGUCCUGCUGUGGAUACCACAACGCAUGGAGCGGCUUCACCAGCACCACCUGCUAGACAUCAUUCAUCAUCCACGCCAAUGGUUCAUUGCGUGUCGAGCAGCGAGCCGGAUUCAGGCGACGUACCAAUCGCCUCGGAGGAUUGGAGGAUUCAAGGUAUCACUACGAAGGAAAUCACUCUUAGCCAGCCGGGUCUUCAUGGGAAAACAUAUGUGGAAUCGACGGUGACUACUGGGAUCCAGAUCUAUACGUCAGAGACGUUGAAGCAAGCGGAAGGUGUGGUGAGCACAGUGAGGUGCGAGGGCAGGGAACAUGCCCUCGGCCGCGGAAUCAAGCGAAAGCUGGACUCCAUCGAUUCCAUGCAUUCUACCCUGCAUGAAGACCAAGAUGUAGCAGAGGCAAAGUCAGAGGAGAAGAACCAGAGGAAACUGGAAGUGGGUGAGCUAGUAUGGGGCGCCGCAAGAGGAAGUCCGGCAUGGCCGGGCAAGGUCGAGUCUUUAGGCCCACCGGGCACCAUGACGGUCUGGGUCCGUUGGUACGGGGGCGGGGGCGGUCGGAGCCAGGUCGAGGUCAAGGCUCUCAAGUCCCUCUCCGAAGGUCUCGAGGCGCACCACCGUGCUCGAAAAAAGUUUAGGAAAAGUCGUAAAUUGAACAUGCAACUGGAGAACGCCAUACAGGAGGCGAUGUCAGAGCUAGACAAGAUGACGGAGUCGAGAAAGGAGCAGAAGACCACUGGUAGGUCCUGCAAAGUGACCGGAAGUAAGGGUUCCGAAAGCGGCGGAGCAUCGAAGUCGGAAGGAAAGAGGUCGUCGAAGAAAUCUGUUGGAUCUGUGAAUCCUGUUACGACGGAACAGAAGCAGUGUCGGUGAUCCACGUUGAUCGAUUUUUGAACCAACCAGCUUAGAUCAUGAUGACAUGUUAUUGUUGAGCUGAUACCAACACGUUGAUUGUCAUGGUGAUAAAAUUAUUUUAAAAAAUGAAACAUUUUGUAUGCUAUCAAAAUUACGUUAUUGUUAGUUGUAAUUAAUAAAUGAAUUACCCUUUUGUUACUAUGGGCGAUUAUAGUUGCCCAUUGUAAAAUUAUUAGUGGGUGUUAUGGACGACUAUAGUCGUAUAUUUCAAAAUAGUAAAUACGUAAUAGAAAUUUUGAUAUGACUAUUACAAACUGAUAUUAAUUUUAUAAAUUAAAGCGCAUGUGCAUUGAAUUGGAGGGGUUAAUGGUUUAUAUUAUCCUAUGCUGUAUUUAGUUGUCGUUAUUUCCACUAUGGCAGUCAAUGUGUUGAAGAUGGUUGUCCUUGAAAGAAGAAAUUUGCGUUAGUGAUCGAGUUUUACAUUGUUUUUAUUGGAUUUGUUGCAGCAAAUGACCGUACUAAUUUGAGACCAUAAAACAAUCUUUGCCUAGAAGUUUUAGAUUGGGUUCGCUAAAAUUGAUAAAAAAUGGAUAAAGGAUUUGAUUCUUUGAUUAACGUGCUAAAUUCAUCAGGAAACAAUUUUGUCAUUAGUUAUGAUGCAUGUUAUUGUUAUUAAAAUUAUUUUUUUUAUAUCUUUUAGGUGAAACUUACAUGUAGGUUUAAAAAUGAUCUUAAUAUUUAUUAUUUAUUAUUAUUGAAAAAUAAUAUAUUUAUCGAACUCAAUGUAAAACUCCUAAGUUUCCCUAAAGCUUUACUGAAAUUAGAAUUAAAUCUAAUUAGAAAAAGAAAUGUAAAAUAAACUGAACUAAUUGUUGUAAAAAUUCUCUUCUGUUGGAGCAAUGCAAAUGUAUCAAAUUUAUAAGCACAGGGCAUUAAGUGAAAUAUAUUUGAAAAUUUGUUUAUUGUGACCCGUUUGAUUAAAAAUCUAGAAGAAUGGAUUUGUGACUUAAAAAAGAAAAAUAUAUUUGCUGUUGCUCCGAUAGAAUUAAAAAACUUCGAAAGUAAAUGUUAAUAAUUUUUCUGACACGCUUUCCCCGUAAGAUAGACAUUCAUUUUUUCUUGUACAUAAACGGUGAAAGCAGCAAAGAAAGCUUUGUAUGUAGAAUGCUGAAAGGUCUUGUCAAUUGAGGAGGGGAAAAAGUCAAUGGAUUGAACCUAUUAAUUAGGCGUCAUUACAUUAUUUACAUUUCAAUUUAUAUAAAAAAUAAGCGACUAUAACAAAUUUUUAUUCAAAGAACGACAUAUGCUUUCAGUCAUUUGUAAACAUAAAAAGCAGAUUAUAAAUUUUGUCGACCUUAGCCCUUCGUCGAUCAGAUUUUGUGAUAGUUUUGUUGGAUUUGAAAAAGUAUAUAAUGCGAGCAAUUACAACUCUCGAAGUAGAGGUGUUGCUUUGAAUGUUACAUUAACAUUCACAGGCAUGAGAAGAGGAAUAAGACUUUGUUUGCGUGUAAUUUACAAGAUGAUCCAAAAAUCGUGCAACCCUUAGAAUUGUUUGUUGCUGUGCUAUGAUAAUAAUUUACUAUAUGGGUUGUGCGACUUCUGGAUCACCCUGCAUAACAAAUUAGAGUCUACGAUUGGGUGUUACGUUUCAAAACGACGAAAACAGAAUCCUGUAUUUCUUUUUGCACCCAUAAUACAAAACUAAGUACGUGUGAUACACGUACUUUAAAUAUUUUUGCGACAUCAGAGUACCUACAGAGAAUCACCAUUUCCAAACGGUCGUUUUUUAGAUGGCUAUACAUAAUGUACGAGGAGGAAUAAUUCUUUUAUUGGGGAUGUUUAACCCUUUUGCUAUGAUCAACGUAAAUGUACAGUAUCCAACGAAGUAGGUUUCCCUAGACAAAAUGACGAUAUAGGGAAAGGAGAAAUUUCCAUAAUUUUAAUUUUGACUAUAUUAAUAUUAAAAGUAAUUUAGAAAAAAAUUAUGUCAUUUUUAAUUAUUAAAUAUUAUAAGAAAUUAGUAUAUAAUUAAGAGAUAUGAAUAAUAAAAUAAAUACCAAUUCAAAUCCUCAUGCGUAAAUGCUUAUACGCAAGUGGUGGGGGGCCCUCUCCCCUGUAUUGUCAUUCUCCCUGGGGCCACCUAUGGAGGAGGAUGGAGGGCCCAGCAAAAGGGAAGCCUACCAUGCUCAGUGCUGUACAUCAGAAGUUAACUAUUAACGACAGACAGAUUUUCUUCAAGGUCAUCAAAGAUAAAGUGAUAAAGAAAUGAUUCAUCAAAUCUUAGCAUUAUUACAAAAUAGACACUAUAGCAAAGGGGUUAAAUACUAUCGUCAAAUUAAAAUUCUUUUUAAUCCUUGUAGCCGAUCAUGGAUUCGGCCUUUUUGAUCCGCGUAAUUAUUUUUUAACAAAAUAUACUUCUUAGACGAUACAAUAGCGUAACGAAGGGAAAGCAAAAUGAUUCUUGUACAUAAGAAAUAACCAAUUAAUUGAGAAUUUUAAUCGAACACACGGUGAAUCUUCACUUUUAACGAGACGACACUUUUUCGAUGCGUUUUGACGUGAAUUCUGUUUAAGAUAAAAAAAAUGGAGGAAUGAGUAUAGAAGGUUAAUGAAACCUUCGUGGAAACACCCUACUUUCCCGUUCACUACGAACGCGUUUUCUUUUUAGCGUAUUUCGAGAGGUAUGAUAGCGUGUAAUUCACCCUUAUUUUUGUAACAUUUCAAACUACACCGCGUGAAUCAUCGCACAAUUUAGCUCCAAGACGCGAUAAAUGUUCCUUUGCAAGCAUGUACGCAUAAAUAUGUACAAAAGCAUACAGAGAAAAUCUUUAAAAAAUAGUAGGAUAUACGUAACGAAUAUCAAAUAGAUAUUUUUCCUCUUUUUUUUUUGACCGAUCGGGAACCCAUUGUCCAGGAUAAGAUAUAUUCGAUCCUGGAUAAUUUUUUAAUCAACGCAUUGCUUACUAAUCAGAUUUAUUUUCAAGAUUUUUUACCCCUUCACUGCGGACGACGUAUACUCCUGAUCAGAUCAGGCUCUCCCAGAGAACAUUAUUCGGAAUUUGAAGUUGUAUACUAAAUUUUAUAAUGUUUAAUAAUUAAAAAUUAGGAUUUUUUUUUAAAUCACAUUUAAUAUUAAUAUCGUCAAAAUCGAGAUUUGGAGAACCCUGCUCCUGUGAAUUGUUUCCCUUUUAAUUAAAAAAUUUUGUUUGCAUUCUUUUUCCCAUUUACCGCAUUCAAAGUAAUAAUAUUUUUGGUUUCAUAUUAUUUAAAAUAUAAGUUAACGUUGAACCAUAACAGGUAUUAAAUAAAAUGCAAUUAUUACUCAGUAUAUUCCACAGCGAAAGGGUUAAGUAUCCAAAGUGUUAAUAAAGUAUUCGAAAUAACCAAGUAAUUGAAAUUAGUAACAGUAAUGGCAUCUAUAUAACUUUGGUUACAACAUUUUGCUAUUAAAAUUACUUAAAAAUUGUUAACAUUUAGUAAGCAGUGUUUUCAAAGCGAACAGAUAACAGACAGACAAUAAGAAAUGAUGCAAGUAUCAAAAGACAAAGAGGUUCGCGCGAAUUUUAUUUAACAUCCAAAGGAUUUUCGAACAGUUUUUUAGAUGCUGUCGAUUAUUCGUUGCUAAUACUAUAAAUAUGUGCGAAAUGAACAAUUGACCUUUUGUAAGAAAGAAAGCGUACAUUAUACAAAAUUUAUAUGUAUUUUGCAGAUUGUCUUUUGUAACUGCUUGAAAUAUUUUAUCAUAGAAAGGACCUGAAAGGUUUCUGAAUAUAAUAUUCUCGUAUAAAAUGUUCGAAACUACAGAGGACCAAAAUCAAUCACUCAAUGACAAAUGUUGCUUUCAUAGUAAAAAAGAAAAUGGUAAUAUAUUCAUUAACUUUGAGAAUUAUUAUUCGAAAUUAUAUUUUAGACGAAAUAGUUCAGUACAAUUAUGACCAGAAUAACAUGAACAGAAUAUAAAAUAUCUAUAGAUACAAAUUUUUUUCUUUCAAUGGUUAAUAGAAUUAGGAAAAUCAAGCAAUAGUAGAUUCAGUUUUAUCCUGCACAAAUAGUUCCACGAUGAGUUAAGUUAUUCCAUUAUAAGCCCACUAAAAUUCUAAAUGCAAGGACCACUAACGUUUAUGCUGUACAAAUGAAAAAAAAUUGGAAUGUGUUUUAACCCUUUCGCUAUUAUCACAUUUCGAUAAAUAGCAAACAUGUAAUAUCUCUAAAACUACAAUUAAAAAGAAAUAACGGGUACAGUAACAAUAUACCUCACUGUAAAUAAAAUUGUACGAGCAAAAUUAUUUUAUUCACGUGUUAAAUUAGUAUAAUUUAAUAUACAAGUUUUCCCAUGAUAGAGUGAAACGAUAUCCAAUCAAAAUGCAUUCCUAUGCAUCGAUGCUGCAAUUGCAGCUUUUCUUUAAACAAAAUCUUAUAGAUGUUUCUGGCUACUCUAAUAAAAACAACUACUAAAAUACUUGUGCCUUAAAACUAUUAAUUCAAAAGUUACAUCAAUUUUAAGUUUCAUUAAUUAUAUCGCUGUCUGAAUUAUCAUUCGUAUGGAGUUAAGAAUUCCAGGAUCAUCAAUUAAAAAUAAUCAAAUCUAUAAUUUUAAUAAUUUCAUUUUAUAAUUUAUUUCAAUCACACAGGACACCUUGUAUAAACGUACAAAAGCGAUUAUUAUUAAAACUGUAAUAGUGAAAGGGUUAAAGUGCAACCGCGUUCCCUUUUCCCCAUAGCAACGAGUAAUCGUCAGGAUUUGAAUCCGCAAAAAAUUCACACAUUCUUCUUCUUAAUUUCCUAUCUGAAUAAGUUAUUCACGCGCCUCUAACGAACGACGGUACAUCAAAUGAAAUCAAAAGCUCGCGACAAAGACGGAUGUGUCGUCGGGCCACUCCUCGUGCAGGUUUAAAAUCCAAAAGUAGGUUCCCAAAAAGGCGUAAACGACGAGAAGAGCAAUGUGCAAAAUAACCACCGAGGUUACCAUUAGAGAACCUUGGAAAUGACCAAAAGCAUCAUGAGUCAGAUUCGUAGAUCAGUGGCGAAAGACAUAUCACCGGCCGCGGAUGACGAUUCGGGGGUGAAGGUUUCAAGUAAAUGGCAAAAUAGGGGAUGAAAGGAGAGUUGUCGAAGCAAUUGUCGGGAUCGUUUGAAAGUGAAACGGCUGGCAUCGCUAUACACACACACAUGCAUACAUACAUACACACACACACACACACACACACAAAAUGGGACCGUUUUAAAAAUAAGACAAUUCUAAUUUUAUCACUCGAUUUCUUCGCCCAGUCGGUGGCCCACGUGGCGGGAUAUGAUUCCGUUUCGUGGUAUCUUCGCUAGUUUCGUUAAAUCGAUCCCGAACGGAAUCGAUUGAACACGAAAUUUAUAUAUAUAUUAUAUAUAAAAUGAAACCAGUAAAGACUUACCUCAAUAUAAUGUAAUUGUACGCAAGAAUCAAACGUCUUUAUGAAUCGAGUGUACGUAUAAAAUGUAGAGCCAACGUCCUUUGUAUAUUUUCCGUACUGUAAAUAAUUAUACAUAACGCCUUAUCCGGUAAUUAUUGCUGUACGAUAACCGUCGACCUGCGCAUUAUUUAAUAUUUAUGCGAUCCCGGAGAGAUAAAGAAAUAUUAAUCGCGGAAAAAGCGACGCGCGUCGGGGACGAAGCUUUCAUUGGAGAAAGAUGCGUGUGCGAGUGCUUCCGUUGUGGAUGAAUUUAUUAUUAAUUUCUUUUCUCCUAUUGCUUCGGAGAAUUGUCAAUUUUGCAAACAUCAAUUUUGUACAUAAUACGUUUCUCUUUUAUCCAUUAUCGUGUUGGUACCUUGAAACGGUUGGAGUAGUUCGUAGCUAUUGUUUGUAUAUUAUUGUAAUUUGUCUAAUUUGAUCGUUUUGUUAGCUGUUAGUUGAUCCGAUUAAUUAAUCAUUGUCCGAUAUGUGUUUCUUGGAUUUGAAAUUUGUUUUUCUAUUUUUUUUUCUUUCGUAGGGAGGAUCAAUUUUUAGCGGAAAAUAAAUGCAAUAAACACACAGGUCUACAUUAUUAUUAACUGUUGUAAUUUUAUUUCUAUUCGGCGUAUCGUUGUUCGUCGGGGUAUCGCGUGAAUUCGUUUCGAUCGGAAUGAAAUCUUUUUUUGACCCGCGUUGCUUUUUCUUCAAUCGAAUCGAGCAUCGAAUUAACGAACGCAAAAAAGAAUCGCCAUCACGGUGAUUUGGGGAAAAGAAAGGCCUAUGUUGAUCGACACUGUGUAUCGUUAUCAAUUUUAGUUCUUCUGCAACUGGCGAACGGGUACGAUGAAAAAACAGUUCGUUGAUACGCGUUUUAUUAACCGCGGGAAAGAAAUUAUUUCGAGAACUCUAUUAUAUCGGUAGUUAUGAAAGUGUGACUGAAAGAGGCACGAGUUCUUCGACAGAUAUUUAUUAUUAUUUAUCAAAGACGAAAAUAAAAAUUGUAGUUAUAUUUAACGGAACGUUUCGUUCGCUUGUUAUAUUUUCAAAGAGAUUAAGAGAAAAAUGCGCGCGGCGACUUUUGUUCAUUGUCGCGUAAUUGUACAGUGAAAGAGACUGCGUGUGAUAGAUGCGAGUGAAGAUGUUAGUGAAAACAAAAGUAAGAGAAACAGAGUGGCAGAAUGUGAACGAGAAAAAGAAACGUACGAAAAUGCAAAUUUCUGGCGAACGAACAUAUAGUUUUAAGAGGCACCAAAAGAAAAAAGAAAAAAAGAAGAAUGUAAGUGAAACUGAAAACUAAUUAAACUUGGUAGGACAAACGAUUUAACCGUGAUUACGAUUACCGAA